GGAAAAUCGUAGAACUGAGCUCUUCAGAUCUAGCCCAUAUGUUAGUUUUCCCGUUAAAUUGAUACAAAUCGAGAGGAAUAAAAGCCAAUUCUGCGAAUUUACACACUGCUUCCCAGUAGAUUGUCAUACUCUCGUUUUUUCGUUGUAGACGAAAGUUCGACGGUGCCUUUGCAAUCAGUCGCGUCAUUCGAGGGCUAAGCGAGAAUUAUAGCGGCGGCUCUCGAGGACCCUCUAAGGCCGUUCGACGCAGUACCGACCAUCCACCCGAUGGUCGAAAUGGCAGCACGUCCACAUCCCGCACAAGCAGAUCGGCGGCUACCAGCUCUACAGAAGAAACCUCUUCCAACCCUACCAGCAUCUCAAUCCUCCAGCAUUACCCAUACAUCAUCUAAGGUGGUAGGAAUUCCAACAUCAACAUCAACGUCGACACCUCUCUCCCCAUCCCGGAUAUCGCAAACUGCCACCGUUAUAGCCAGCCCCACCACGCCGGUUUCGCAUACCAGCCACCCAUGUCUUUCCAUAGUCUCAUUUGUCACAUGCGUAUCAGCCGUCGACGCGCAUCUGCCUGCAGAGCUACUCGUGCGCAUCUUUGCCUAUCUGGACGUGAAAUCACGGUGUCGCGCCCUGCGAACCCACCGGAGAUGGAAGGAUGUGAUGUAUUGCACACCGAGACUAUGGACGAGAUUAGAUUGGUCAAAUCGCUUUUCGCUUGGCGGAGACAAAAGCGUAGCCGAAGGUGCCCGACGCACCGACACCCUUCUGCAGUUUGUUUUCGCAGAUAGCGCAUCCGCUGGACGGUUCACCAAGCUUGCGAGGUUGGAUCUAAGCUGCACAGACGUAGACCCGUCUGUCUUCAUGGACACCCCAUGCAUCCGGCUUACGCUCAAGGAUACGCUGUCGCAUCUGGUUUUGAAUGGAUGUCCCAACGUUGAUUCCGGGUCGCUCUACAAUCUGCGGGGUCUCACCGCAUUGCGGGCACUCGAUCUAUCGCACUGCGAGUCUGUGGAUGAUGCUGGUCUCGAAGUCCUCUCAUACUAUCUUCCGCAUCUGACACACUUAAAUCUCUCCUAUCUGUUUCGCAUCACCGAACGCGGCAUUGGUCGCAUUUUCCGAAUGCCGGCCAUUGUAGCAGUGAACCUCAUGGGAUGCUAUCGAAUCAAGCAGUACCCGUGGGCAAUCGUAGACGGCGCUAAACGCACCGCCCUGCCCUUACGUGAACUGCAGCUCGGCGAAGACUCGCGGAUUCAGACACGGGGGUUCUGGCUCCUCUGGUGCACGUUUUCCUUCUCUACUGCACGUCUCAUCAGCGUGUGCCCCUUCCUGGAAACGCUGCGGUUGAACAUGGUGCUCUUCGAUCUGCCAGCGAAUGGUUUGGAGAUUCUUUUGAACGGAUGCGAUCAUCUCAAGCAUCUAAGUUUGGUGAUCGAUCGAGCUGCGGUGCCUGCUCUUUGUUCGGUUGCGCCAAAGCUGAGGUCGCUGGAGUCGCUAGAAGCGACCGUGCAUAUUGGCGUGACCGGAGAACUGCUGGGAACCUUGGUCACGGCCAAUGCUCUGCCAAAGUUGAAGGCAUUGAAAUUCCAUAGUAAACACACGACGGUUUUCUCCGACGCCUCCCUUGCGGCUCUAAUUACCGCGGCUCCUCUGCUCGAGUAUCUGGAGCUGAAUGGAGACGACAUUACUGCCGCAGGCCUUCAGCCAGUAGCCAAGAAGAUUGGCCCGCAAUUGCAGUCACUGCUACUACACCACGUGCGCAUCGCCAAUGCAUCUCUGCGGACCAUCGGACGUGGUUCGCCGGCCUUGAAAGAGCUGACAAUGACGGAUUUGCAACAACUCUCGCGAUCGAACCGACUACGCCACCUAGUUUGCGACUCGACGCUCAGAAUUCGGUUACGGAAAAUCGAACUGGCAUCACAUGCGGGGUUCAACGAUAAAGAUCUUGCAACGGUGCCGGCCAACUGCCCGAACUUGCAGUGGAUAGAUUUCAGUUUCUCCUUCACCUAUCCGCGAACUGGGCGGGCCAUUGCUGAUCAUUGUCCGGGACUCUUAUACUUGCGAUUGUGCAAAGCGACUCCACCGCCACUGCAUCAGGUCAUGGGGUGGGCUAACAACAGCAAUGCAGCCACCACGAACCAGACCGCGAAUGCUCAACCCACAACUCCGGCUGCCAAUAACGCUAAUGCGGCUGCGACGAACGUCGUUGGCGCUUCCAAUUCUGCAGCUUCGCAUUCCCCGCCCGUUCUCAUUCCUCGACCACCGCGCCCACGUCGAAGUGCCCACUCAUCGGAAUCCGUAACAAUACUUGCUCUGAAGCUGGCAAAGCAGAAAAGGAGGCGAAAAUCACCACCAACUUUCCACGCGUCUUCUCCCGAGUGCCGAUCCCUGAUGUACAUGACUUCGUCCGUCGUGGAUACAAAAUCCACAUUUUACGCUCCACGCGACUCGGCCUCUUCAUCCAGACCGCCACCCCCGCGCCGAAUCGCACGCCUUCGCAAACUCCGUGUCCUAGAUCUCACCGGCAACAUCGGCCUCACGGACUGGACGCUCGAGGCAGCGCUGUCCCGCCUUCCCGCGCUUCACACGCUUUUCAUUGACUCAUGCGACUCGAUUACGCGCCCCGCGCUGCUCCAUUUUGCUGACAUGAUGCUUCCGCAGCUCAAGCGAGUGCAUGUGCGGAAUUGCUCCUCAUGCCGCCCGGCUGUGGGGACGGCCUCGACAACGACAACGGUGCCGCGGAUUGGGAUCGCUGCCGUGGCGGGAGGCGCCGCUGCCGCAUUUGCUGCGGAGGGCCAGGCUCGCGACGCCCCGACGCCCGGAGUGAUCGGUAAUAGCUCGGCGGCGUUGGCUGUGGAGGUUGUUAUUGACGGCGCGAGGGUAUGGGGUCGUCGAUUUAGCGAGGAGGGUUGAUAGAAACUGCUCGGCUAGAUGCGUAGGUUGAUUGCGGAGCGUGCAGCGCCAUCUCAUGAAUAUUCUGUGCAUUAGAGUUUUGAGAUAGCUCGUACGCCUUCGACCAUGUACUUGAACCUUCAUUUAUAUGUUUCCUCCGUUGUUUGUGCUCAUUCCUUGGGGUUGCGUUUUGCACCAAGUAUUGACGAUUGAAUGUCCGACGAGACUGUGAAUAUGACCGGAGGAAAAAGAUGGCAG